AUGGUCUCCAUUGCUCCUGAAGCUGUCGUCGGCACUACCAUUGCCCUGUCUUAUAUCCUUUUGGGAAAUGCCAUCACCCAGUCCUUCAUGGGCGUACCAGCGCUGCUGGUAGAUUUCCCGGCGCCCUCGUCCCCGGACCACGCAGCGCGCGCACGCCUACUGGGCCGGCAGUGGCCCGUCUUCUGGCAGGUGGGCAAUGUCUUUUUCCGGCCCAUUAGCACAUUCGGCAUCUUUGGGUACGGCUACACGGCCUACUGCGCAGGGUCGUCUUCGAGCUACCGGCUCGGCGACUGGAAAAUGUACGCGCUGGCGGCCACCUGCCACCUCGUCACGGUGCUGCACUCGGCCGCCAACAUGCAGCCCAUCAAUGAGAAGCUCGACGCCCUCAAGGAGCCCAAGGGCAGCCAGCCCGGCGUCGAGGUGGCCAAGGCCGAGUCUUAUGCCCGCAAGUGGAUUAGCUACAACACGGUCCGGCUCAUCAUGCCCAUGGUGGCCGGCUCCGUUGCGCUCUGGCAGACAAUCAUCUCUCUGUGA